AUGGAUACGCAAACUCCCGUACAUCCCCCUCGGCCGUUCGAAAUCGUGGUGGCUGCGUCUGUCAAUGGCGGAAUCGGGCUGGCAGGACAGUUGCCCUGGCAAUUGCCUCAGGAGAUGGCCAGGUUCAAGGCCUUGACUCUCAAAACAGCAAACGAUGACCACUCGAACGCGGUCAUUAUGGGCCGGCGGACCUACGAGUCGAUCCCCGCGAAAUUCAGACCUCUCAAGGGCAGGGUCAACAUCGUACUCUCGCGCGACCAGCAUCGUAAUUGUGUCAGUUUGCCCGACAGCGUGGUGGUGGCGAGUAGUUUUGACGAAGCACUCCUGGCCAUCCAGAGCAUGGAGAAGGUGCAAACUUGGCCACCCGGUUCCGCAAAGAUCACGUCUCCCGAGUUCGAGGUAGACACCUUCUUUCCGCAGAUUGAUCCGCACUCUUUCAAGCUCGACGCCAGCUAUCCUGAGCAAGGGAAGGCGCAUGAAGAAAAGGGCGUCACGUAUGAGAUGCGGUUUAGCUUGCGGGACGGCACCUUUCCUCUCCUCACCACUAAGCGCGUGUGGUGGAAGGGGGUGGCCGAGGAGCUCCUGUGGUUCGUGUCGGGCUGCACGAAUGCCAACACUUUGGCAACCAAAAAGGUCAACAUCUGGAAGGAGAACGGAUCCAAGGACUUCCUCGCCAAGUGCGGACUUGGCCACAGAGAAGAGGGAGACUUAGGCCCCGUUUAUGGCUUCCAGUGGAGGCACUGGGGAGCAAAAUACGUGGACAUGCAUACCGACUACUCGCCUGGAAUCCGACAGACCUCAAGGAAAUGGUGUUGCCUCCGUGCCACAUGUUUUGCCAGUUCUACGUUGCCAACGGCGAGCUCUCUUGUCAGGUAA